AUGUUUGCGAUCCCACCACCUCCUCGGUAUCCCACCAAUGCUAGCUUGGUCGCAACAACUCUUGAGACCGCAAAUACUCUUACUGUCCGCGAGGGCCCCGAAUAUACGUUUCAAGCAGGCGAAGGCAUCUAUGUAUUGCGCGAUGAUCUCCAGCUAGCUACACCUCCUCCUCAUCCUUCAGAAGCACCCAUCAUAAAUCCAAACCCGCUCUCCACAACUUCCGUACCUCCCACGAGCGGUGUCAAGUUGUCACUCGUGUCCUUGAACCCUAAACAAAUAAAACCCGACCUUUACAAGACUCCGACUGCUACAAGUAGUUUGCUACGAUGGAAAACACUGGGUUUGACCAACACAAAAGAAGCCAGGGAAGCCAAAGAAGCCAAAGAGGCUCGGGAGGCCAAAGAGGCUAGAGAACUCAAGGAGCUGGAGAAGGAAUCCAGGGUGUCCAUCGAAACUUCAAGCGAUACAAGCAACCCUGCAGGCUCCGCGAACGGCAGUAACAGAUCUACCAAUGUCAAGGCUUUUGGUGAAGGCAACGCGGCGUUGUCGCCUGUCAUCAGCAGAGAUGCACUCAAGAGGCGAAAACCCAAAAACAACAUAAUCAAGAGCAACUCUUCAUUCGUAUCACGGGUGAUACCACACGAAAACCUCGCCAAAAAGUUGACAGAACGAGAUCAAGGAGGUCUUUUCGCUUUUGUGAACAUCAAUCGUGCCUUUCAGUGGCUUGACCUGUCCACCAGCAGUAAAGCGGAUCCUAUGACCAAAAUCCUCUUCACCAAGGCACAUAUGAUUUGCCAUGAUGUCAAUCCGCUGAGCAAGCAUCCCACCCAUAUUGAUAUGGUCAUGGGCUCUUCAGCAAGUGAUAUAAUCUGGUACGAACCGAUGUCUCAGAAAUAUGCACGCAUCAACAAGAAUGGCAUGAUCAAUAACAGCGCUGUUUCUAAGAUAAAAUGGAUCCCUGGUUCAGAAAACCACUUCUUGGCUGCUCAUAUGGAUGGCACACUAGUUGUAUACGACAAGGAAAAAGAGGAUGCACCAUUCGUUUCAGAAGAAUUGGUCGAUGAAGCGAUCAGUAUUGAGGAUGAGGACCAAUCCACUUUGGUUAUAACAAAGAGUGUGAACUCGGCCAAUCAAAAGACGAAUCCUGUGGCAUGCUGGAAAAUCUCAAAGCAGAGUAUCACUGAUUUCGCAUUCUCGCCCGAUAGCAAGCACCUGGCCGUUGUGGGUGAUGAUGGCUACUUGCGGAUUAUUGAUUAUCUGCAAGAAAGGCUAACUGACGUGUACCCGUCUUAUUACGGCGGUUUCACAUGUGUAUGCUGGUCUCCGGAUGGAAAAUAUGUCCUUACUGGUGGUCAAGACGACCUUGUGACAAUAUGGUCUCUUGCAGAGCGUCAAAUAAUAGCACGAUGUUUUGGCCAUGACUCUUGGGUCACCGCGGUUGCUUUUGACCCCUGGCGUUGCGAUGAGACCACUUACAGAUUCGGAAGUGUUGGAGACGACUGUAAAUUGCUACUCUGGGACUUCAAUGUUGGAAUGCUGCACCGUCCCAAAGGCGCAACGACAAGAACGAGAGGCAGUAUAUCGACCCAAACUGUAUCACUACUUCGUCAACGGACAGAAAGCAGUGGCCUCGUCAAUCGUCUACGAUCCGACUCCAAUAGAACCGGCACCCAGAGCAUCGCACCGGAAGUUGUUGACGAAUCUCAAUUCCUCAAUCAUACUGUUGAAUCCCGUGCCCGAACAGCGCAAUUACCACCAGUCAUGUCCAAGAAAAUCGACGACCAUCCACUGAGUGGGCUGGCCUUCGAGCAGGAUUCCAUAAUAACGACAUGUCAUGAAGGCCACUUGCGAACGUGGAACCGGCCUCGAGAGGGUGUGAAUAGCAGUCAAGUCAAUUUGGCAGAAAAGCCCAAAUAA